CAUCGUAACGUACGCCUGACGAGGCGACGCGAGAGGUAAACAUGGCGGACAGCGACGGCGACAGUGAAGGCGGCAGCAUGUAUCCGUUGCACGAAAACGUAUUUCUAGGCGAUGUCCGUCGUGUUUCGGCGCUCCUGAGGACGCACGACGUCGCGCAGAAGGACGUUCACGGAAACACGCCACUUCACUUGGCUGUCAUGCUGGGUCAGAAGGAGUGUGUGCAACUACUUUUGGCACACAAUGCUCCUGUCAAAGUCAAGAACAGCCAAGGUUGGAACUGCCUAGCAGAAGCUGUCAGUUACGGGGAUCGUCAGACAAUACUCUCCCUGUUAAGGAAACUCAAGCAGCAGUCGAGGGAAGCAAUGGACUUCCGGAGGCCAGAUCUCGUGCGUAUUUUGGAACUCAUGGGCGAUUUUUACAUGGAGCUCAAGUGGGACUUCCAAAGUUGGAUACCAUUGGUCUCAAGGAUACUGCCAUCAGACAUCUGUAAAAUUCACAAAAAAGGAUCAAAUAUUCGGUUAGACACAACACUCGUCGACUUCAACGACAUGAAAUGGGAGCGCGGUGACAUUACUUUUCUUUUUACGGGCAACGACAAACCGUCCAAGUCGCUAACAGUGCUGGACAACAAUCUGAAGGUCUACCAGAAUGUUCGUUAUGAGGAAAGAGUUGACGUCCUUGUGCAGGAUACAGAAACUGAGAUUGAGGACGAGGUGGACAUACUAAUGAGCAGCGACAUUGUGGCUGGCCAGAUCUCAACCAAGACGGUGACCUUCCAGAGGGCGCAGUCCGGCUGGCUGAUGCGGGAGGACAAAACCGAGAUGGUCGGGAAGUUUCGAGCAGAUUUCUACAGCAUCAAUGGCCUAACAUUCGAGUCUCGGAAAAGGAGGGAGCACCUCACUGAGGAAGAUCUUCACAAGAACAGGGCAAUAAUCGAGAGCUUUACGAGAGGCAACGCGACGGUCCUAGAAAAUGCAGAGCCGCAACGGAGAAAGUCACUACCUCCGCCUCCACAAAGAGAUGUCACGUUUGAAGAUUACAUCUCAGCUACACCGGGAAACCCGCCCAUUCUGGGGCGAACACCAGUCAGCAAGACAACUACCAAAGUUUUCAAGGCCACCCUGGCCAUGAGUCAACAUUUCCCUCUCACUGUAAAUUCCCUCCUAAAUGUGCUGGAAGUGAUAGCGCCAUUCAAACACUUCAACAAGCUUCGGGAGUUUGUACAGAUGAAGCUACCUCCUGGUUUUCCUGUUAAAAUAGACAUACCCAUUCUACCUACGGUGACUGCCCGGAUCACGUUCCAGGACUUCGAGUUUCGGGACAACAUAGACGAUGCACUGUUUGAGAUCCCCACAAAUUACGCGGAGGACCGCAACCGGUUCCCAGACUUAUGAUGCCUGGACGACUUGCUUUUGGUGACUUUCGAAGAGCGCCACCGCGUCGUCAUGACGCGGCGACCCCGUCUGACCCCUUCCUCCCGUGUCGUCCGCCAUCGCCUUCGUCCCAUGUGCAUCGAAGUUGUCGCACUGGACAUUCCCGUCACACUCGGUCACGGCAGCACUUUCUCCUCAACGUUGUCUGUCGUCGUCGAUGUGUGAUGCCUCCCCCUUUCCGGCUGCCCUCAACAUUCCCAUCGUGCUCACAGAAGCAAUUUCUAGAUUUGUGUCGGUGCUGAUAUACGAUGCCCCCAACACCACACCAACCCGCCCUUCUCCCAUGAGGUUAAGUCAACUUGCCCUGGACAUUCCCAUCACAUUUAACUUGCAGCCGCACUUAUCUCCUCAACAUUGUUUGUCAUCUUUGACAUGUGGUCCCACGGCCUUCCAUCAGAGAGCAAGGUGAACUCAUCCUCUGUAUAUUCCCAUCACACUUGAUCACAACAGCUUUUUUUUUUUCUUGACCUUGUCCAUAAUCCUUAUGUGUGUCAACACCACUCCCCCUCCCGCCAGCCUCCUCCCCACUUUGCAGAGGCUGAGGUCACCUGUCCGUACCCAUCAUUUCCAACACUCCUGCGCCCCUCCAAAGGUGCGUAAAGACUCCUUUAGUUGUCCUCAUCGUCUGUCAAACACAUACCAUGUGGAUUGCUAGAGAGUGCUGCCUGGCGUGUCUCUCUCGUCAACCCUUGUUCCUGCCUUGAUGGGCUUUCCGGACAAACAAAUGGCAUUGCGUGCUGUGUGAAUCGUUGGCGAUGUCAUGACGACUCUAUGCGGAGCCUUGCAGGGCAUGGCUCCCUAAGUUUAUUCUCAUGCUUUCUUUUUUUUUUACGAAUGGCCUCGUGUAUGGAGUUAUUUUUGCAGUGCACGUAUUGCUGCGUUUGUCCUUAACUCUGACGAGAACACAGCUUUGUCAAUAGCACCUAUGUACGAUGCAUGACUUGUGCAAGCUUUGAUGACAGAUUGUGUUUUUAUAACAAGGUGGCUUUCUUUUUUUUUAUUAUUGCAUUUAUUGCUGCUCAAUCGUAAUGGCUAACACGGAAAUGUCGGGCUUUCUGGUUCAUCUCGGUUUUAGAAAUGACUGAAACGACUCAACUCUGACUAGCCCUGCAUUUCUAAGCCGACAGUGGACCAACCCUAUUAAAAGAAAGAAAAAAAAAUCUGUGCGCAUCCUCAUAGCUCCUGUGUCUUCUGAACUAUUCUUACGGAAAACAUGGGAGUCCUGUCAUUUACGUGUGGGUAAUGCGGAGAGUGUGGAAUUAUGAGAAUCCGUACAAAUCCUUUUCGGUAAGGAAUGCAGGCAUCCUUUUCAGUAGGGAAUGCAGGCAAUAUUCCUCAGCCUUUUUUCCUUUCCAGGCUAGCUGCUUGUUUUGAAAACUGGCUAUCAGAUCUGUAGACUUCUGUCUUGUCAGGUUUGCAAGCUUCUAUUUAAACCUAAAGUGAUGAGUGUAACUAUAGUGCCAACCAUCAUCGAUGUCAUACAUGAAAAGCUGAGACAACAAAGUAAUUACCUCAGUGGUUUACUCUUAAGGGCGGUAAGACACGGUGCGUUAUAGACAUUAUACAAUGCUGCAGAAUGCUGAAACCAUUACCAAAGCCAGGAUAUUGUUGUUUGAAAGCAUGCUCCUACUGUAUGUAAGCUGGUGAACUGCAGGAGCACUUAGGAUUUAAGCGAAGUGGUUUGUUGUAAGCGCUCUGCAUCAAACUUUGCAGCUACGUACUAACAAGUGACAGUUUACAGGCGAAAGUCGUGAACAAAUCUUUAUCGCUGCCUUGGUUGCAGCCUCACUUUGUUCUUGUUUGUUGCUGUGACACCUUCAUCACCUUGAGCACUGUCGUACAUUUACCACAUUGCUAAUCUGGAUGUUGCAAAACAGGUUACUGUAAACAGAGUGUUACAAGAACGAUGCAGCAUAAAUGCAUACGUAUAAAUGUUCUUUCAACUUAACAGUUGGCUUGGAAGCAUUUUGUCUCAUAGAUGAUUGUACGAGUGGCCCAUUUGUUACACAACUGCGCACAAGUGUUAAGUGUGGCUGUCAAUGUGAUGUCGGUUGUGUGCUUAAGCAUAAGUUGCUGCUAAACUCUGACAACAGGUGUGGAGUCUGUGUUCCUACAUUGUGCAAUGUGCUCCGCUGAAGCAAAUGGGGAUGCGCACUCUGUUGCGUCUGGCGUGAUGCACCUUUGAGGCCGUGGUGUAUGGCUAUCUCCCUUGGCAAGCGUACGUAGCUACCGAGAGGCAACUGCACUCCCUCAUUCCUUGUCAAGUACAUCAUAGACAUGGUGCUAACGAAACUUUGCGUUGCAUUGGAUUUUUUGAAAGCUGGCUUUGUUGCCAAAAUUCAUUCUUGAAAGCUCCUUGAUCUUCAGCCACAGUAAUGCUUGCGUGUGUGCGCGUGUGUGCGUGUGGUAUCUCAGCACUCUCACUGCUUUGUCUUGUGUAAGGCAAAGUUCCAAAGUUUGCGUCAUGGUAAAACGUGUGCCAUGCGUUUGUAUGCUUGUACUUACAUUUUUGCAGCUCCAGCUGCUACAUGUAGCUGCUGAUCAUUCAGCAUUGUUUGGAACUACUGUGCACGUUCUACUCCGACUUGAGUAGCCCACCUGAGGCUACUUUUUGCCCGUUGUUUUUUUGUUUUAUUUCAUGAGGGAAGCUUUAGAGAAUGCUGCCUUCUGACCUACUAUGUGACACAGCUUUUACGUAUUUGCUAACGCUGCAUUUCAGCUGUUGGAAAAGCUGUUGCAGUAUUUCGUGAGGCGAGCUUGUGUUGCAGCUUUUAUCUGAAAACAUUUACUAGUGCUCCGGGCCUGAAAUUUGCAACAUUUGUGGUGCCUCGAGAUCCGGGCCAGUACUUUGCAAUGUUCCACUUCAUUUACCAUUCUUUCUUUCUUAUCAGGCGUCGUGGUGAGUGGCCUGUCCCAGUGAUAAUGCUGGCUUCCAACCCGUUGGAGCCAACAACAAAAGGCAAAAAGAAUUAAAAAUGAAUUGAUUAUCUGAAA